GGGACCUCAAGGGCGCUGAGGUAUUGUCCACAGCCACUACAACUGCACUAUAUUGCCAAGUGAAUCUCUAAAAAGUCUUUAUCCAUCUUAUUUGCUCAUGCUAUCAGCACAAUUCUUAGCUCAUUGUUUCAGGACUUAUUAUUGCAUUUGCUUUCAUUGCUUUUAGUGUAUUGAUGCGGCCACCUUCCUGAUGGAGCAUGUCAAUAUUAAUACUGCAAAAUGGAAUCCCAAAAAUGCUUUACCCCUUGCGAUACAAUAGACCGUGGCUCUUAUGCGUUCAGUUCAGAUACUGAAAGCUCCUCCAACAAGAAACCACGCAAUAAUGCAGCUACCGGGGCAUCUGCUGCUGGGGUUCGUGCUCUCAGCGCGCAGUUGGUUGCAUUCUACUUCCGAGCGCCAAUAAAAGCAUUCUUUCGCACUCGAGUUGAGCAUUUGCUAGGGCUGUCAAUCCACACUCAUCUGAAAGCCGAUGGUCUCUCCAUACUACUACCCCAGGGCUACUCGUUCAUGCUGUUCGCACAUAUGGUUGGCGCUUUAUUCCAAAUCAGAUCAUGCCUCCCCUUUUGGCAAAUGCUGGGGUUGGUGCUGUGUUAUAUACAUCAUAUCUCCAGGUUCUUGGAGCCUUGUAUGAGCCAGCCUCCCGUGGGGUGAAGCGUAUCUAUCCACCUGCUAGUCCGUUAUAUACAUUUACAGCUGGAUUUGCGGCUGGAGCUAUUCAAUCGAUAGUGGCUGCGCCUUUGGAUGCUCUCCAGGUUCGUCUUCGGGCGAAUGACAUACUUGAAGGCCAGUAUCGGAGCAUGUGGCAUUACGGCCGACAUAAACUCAAACAGAUCGGCAUUCGUGGUAUCUUUGCGGGUUGGAGCCUGUCAUUCUUGCGCGACGCUUUCGGCUAUGGCGUCUUUUUCUCGUUUUUCGAGUACAUCAAAUCGCAGGCAUACUAUUCAUUUAUCACCGGAUACUAUGGACCUUUGCGCAUUCAUUAUGUGAACGAGCUGUUGUCUACUAAGUCCGGUGACCGCGAUGUUCCACUCAUCAAACCUCACUAUACUCUAGAACCGUGCUUUUUGAUGGCCGCGGGCGUUGCGGCAUCCAUAGCCCAACAAGCAAUACAGCACCCGCUAAGCAUCAUACAGAACCUUCAUAUUGCUCGACUAGAAUAUUUGGAUCAUCAGGCAAGCCUCCAUCCUUCCAGGCGACAGAUGCUACGUCUUUAUUAUCUUGCCUAUCAGGAGACAUACAAACGAUGCAGGAAGAGGGCCACGCGAGCUGGUGGAUGGCGCCAUUGGUUGUUUCGCGGAUUUGUAAGAAAUGCCAUUCGUCAAGUGCCGAGCACUAGCGCUGGAUUGGUGAUAUUUGAAUUGGUGCGUCGUAAAUAUGCCAGUUUGGCGGAUGCCGUGUAUAUUCAGGGAGAUGGAUAUGAUCUUCUCCUACCAUAGGGCCUCCUUAUUCCACGGAUAUGUCUUGGGAUGAGAAGACGGAUCAGAUGAGGGGUUAGUAACUGAAUAGUGAUCGUAUUAGCCCUGUGGCAGAUGACGCAGCCACAGUACUGGUAUAAAGACUGCGUCGUGAUGUCAAUUGACUGCCUAAUAUGAAAGCUAAUGUGCUCGUCAACCCCAGCAAGAAAAGGGAUUUUUACGAUAGCUGGUUCUCUCUGUGCGUAUAUAUUUCUCCUGCGAACAAAACAUAGUAUUCCCUAAGCCGGCACCCUGGAGGAGAA